AUGGCAGCCCCGCCGGUUCUGGCAAUUGAUGCUUUCUGCACGCAUGCGGCCGAUGCAAAGGCGAAGGCGCCUCUGCGACAUGUCCUGAUUCGUGACCUUGCGAAGGUGGCCGCCGCGAUGAAGCAACCGCUGGCAACAAAGGAGGCAUCAGCUUUGCUUCAGGCUUUCGACGGAGAGCCAGGUGCUGCCGAGCUCUGCGCAAAGCAAAUGCACUUGAAGCUUCUGAGGCGUCUGGCCAAAGCAUCCAGCACCGCAGAGAUUUCCAAAGCUUUGCAAGGCGCUGUUCUUGACCUGGAUGCAGAUCUCCGACAACAGCGUCCUGGAGUACCGGGCUGCAGUGGUGUCAUUGCGCUUUUUGUUGGCUGCUGCCUGUAUGUGGUGGUGGCUGGCAGCUGCGUAGGCAACAUCUGGGGAAAGGGUCUCAGUGAGCUGGCGUUUGCCCCGGCUGCCAGCGAGAUUGGGAAGGACGGCGUGCUGCGGAAAUCCAGCAAGGAGAGCCCCGAACAGAAGCGAGCCAAGGCUUUGCUUCGGUUGAAGGCCCGGAAUCCCCAUCAGCUGAUCGGCGGCUCGGCCUCGCUUCCGGGAGGUCGUCGUCCGGGCUCCGAGGCAGUGGCAGCUCGUGGUGCCGCAGCAGUUAGGGCUUCAGCUGCCGCAGCCAUGGGCAAAGGCGCGGCUGCCCUCAGCGCUGAGGACUUACUCACAGAGGUCGUCGAUCUCCGUGCUGGUGAUCACGCGUCGAUCUUGCUCGGCAGCUCGGGGCUUGCGAACUCAGGGCUUACCCCUCAGGACAUUGGAACACUGGCUGAGGCUUGUGAGGAUGCCACAAAAGCAAGCAUGACGAUUGCCGAGUUGGCCAAGGAGAGGCUCAAGGAGGCCGUCAAGGGCGAGGCGAACUGGGUUCAGCAGGAGAAGGCCAAGGCCUCCGAGGUGACGUGCUUGGCAGUGAAACUCGACUGGGAGCCCGAAGGCCAGGCGGCCAGGGUGGAGACACUGGCGAACCGGAUGUCCCGAACUGAGAACAUAUGCCACUGCACCUUUGGGACUGUGAAGAUGGUGUUUCCGGAAAGCAUGACUUUCAACUUCCUAGUCGACCGGUUGCCGAUGAGCGACACUGAUUUCGCCAUGCUUGCAAGCAAGAGCAUCGACAGCAUCAUCCAGCGGCGCCAGGAGGAGCUUUUCGUUCGUCUCUGUGACACGCUUGAGGGACGCUCAACAAAUCGCCACAGCUCCAUGCAAGCACUCAACGAGUUCGCUUUGCCCGGAGAGUCGCCACCGUUGCGCCGCCUUUCACGGUUUUCCUACGCUUCUCCGACUGCAUCUGCCAGAACGACUUCGAAAGAAUGGGAGCAUCCUGCCAGCGCCUCCUCACUGCGCAGCGACGAGGGGCCAAGGCCAAGCAGACGGGCCAAGGUGGCGAAGAAACGGUGGCAGGUGAAUGCGAUGCCAUUGUUGGAAGAGGAGGACUACGAGGCCUUGGCUGAUGCACGCUCCAAGCAGCGGGCAAUGCGAACUGCAGAGCGCUCCGAGCAGAACGAGGAAGAUGCAGCGAUUCAUGGCAUGGCGCAGAGGCUUGUCAUGUUCGUCUCCUCGAAGUGGUUCGAGGGUAUCUUCGCUGCCGUGAUUAUCACGAAUUGUUUCUUUCUAGGCAUUUCGUUGGAAGCCGCUGCUCAGGAUCUCUCGUCGGAGCUUCCUCCUGGAUUCAAAGUUGUGGACUACAUCUAUGCGACCCUCUUUGCUGUGGAGCUAGUCCUGAAAGUUUGCGUGCAAGGCAAGAGUUUUUUCUGUUCCUUUGCAGACAGAUCUGCACUGUUCUGGAAUUACUUGGACUUGGUCAUUGUCGGAACAUCCAUCUUUGAACUGGUCUUUGAUCUGAUCCUGGCCUUCGAAUUUGACGAGUCGGCAGCCCCUACACAGACUCGCUUGCUGCGGAUCAUCCGCGUCAUCCGCGUUUUGCGAGUUAUGCGGGUCGUCAAAGUGGUGAAGUUCAUCUCGGCGUUGACAUCCCUCGUGACGUCGAUCCUUUCCACGCUGAAAUCCCUGCUUUGGAGCUUAGUGCUGCUUCUGAUGGUGAUGUACGUGUUCGCCAUCCUCUUCACCGACACGGUCAUUGGACAUGUCAAGGAUGUGGGUCAGGAAGGUCAGACGGAGCUCUUGACCUACUUCGGAUCGCUGCACCUAUCGAUGCACACACUUUUCCGGAGCGUAACUGGAGGGUUGGACUGGGGCGAGAUGGCAGAUCACCUCAUUGAGAUUGACUGGAUAUGGGGCUACUUCUUCACUGGAUUCGUUGCUUUUUCGUACUUCGCAGUUCUCAAUGUUAUGACAGCUGUGUUCUGCCAGAGGGCUAUCGAAAGUGCUGAGCAGGAUGAGCAGAAUAUUCUGCAGCGCUUUCUUGACGAUCAGCGGCGCUACAGGCAUCGCAUCGAGCAGCUCUUUUCGAGAUUUGAUGGCCUUGAGAGGGAUGGGGCCAUCACGCUGAGCGAGAUGGAGCAGUUCUUCAACGAUGAAGAGGUUCGUGCCAUGUUCCAGUCUCUGGACUUGACAGCAAGGGACUCCUGGACAUUGUUCAAGCUGCUGGACGAGGAGGGCAAUGGUGACAUUAACCUUUCGGAAUUCAUUGAUGGAUGCCUACGGCUUCGCGGACCCGCGAAGGCGCUAGACAUUGCUUGCGUCAUGGACGAGAGCCGCCGCAUCAAACGAAAGGUGAUGAUCACAGAAGAGCGCCUCUAUAACAUGGAGGCCUUGGUUGGCGAGUUUUCAUCGAAAUUCCAGUCGAAAUCGGUGCGUAAGGAGCCGGUGGCACCCAAAGAGGACCCGCCGUUGCUGUCGUCGUUGGGUCCGGGGGGCUUCCUGUGUGCUGCGACAGAGGGUCCAUGGAUGCAGCAUGACGAAUGCCUCCAUCUUCCAGACGUCCCGUUCGACGUCGGUCCUGACCUGGGCCGCCCGGGCCCCCCGCAGCGAAUGCUGCGAGGUCGCGACGCAAGGCUGAUGAAUGCUAAGGGCAGUACUGAAGAGCCGCAUUUUCCGGACCUGCUAUACGAUCUUGGUCCGCACAGCUUCCCGUUGAAGCAGCUAUCCUUCUGA